AUGAUCAAUGAUGUGUGUGAUUGUGCUCUGUGAUCCUGUCUAGGAUGUAUACUGCCUUGUACCCAGUUAGACAAGCAGUGCAGAGAAUAUAUGGACUGACAUUAUAAAGCUCUGACCACUCUUUAGCAAAUGUAAGACACAAACAUCAUCACUGAGAUAAGUUCUUUUUUUAUUGAAGAAACAGUGUCUAUAUUUAAAAGACUGGUUCUGAAUUUUAAAGAAUGUCCUUAAUUCAUUGAGUUCAGUAAAUCUCUGUUAAUCUCUCUUUAAAAACAAUAUAAGGAUUGACACAGGCACAACAUGUGUAUAAAAUGAGAGAAUGAUGAGGCGCUCUUUCCUGCAUUUGAGCCAUCAACCAGGUCAACACCAAGGCCUUGGACUUUUCUGGACAGUUUCUGCAUAGCAACCAAAUCCUUAACCACAUUUUUGCACAAUACAUAUUGCAUCCUGUAUAUACAUAAAACUAUUGUGAUGAAUGCACUCCGUCCAGGGUGUAUCCUGCCUUGAUGCCCGAUGACGCCUGAGAUAGGCACAGGCUCCCCGUGACCCGAGGUAGUCAGCGGUAGAAGAUGAAUGAAUGAAUGAAUUGUGACAGAUACCAGAACUGUGUAUGUGUCUUUCUUGAGACAGAGUCACAUGCUCAGGAACUAGUGGAGUCUGAUGGAUGGAGGGAGCAAUUUGUCCAUUUUAUUGUUGAGCUAUGACGGUGUAAGGAGAGUGAAAAAGGCCAAACUUGCCUAUGCAGACAUCUUUAAAUGUGCCAUGUCUGAAUGAGACUCCAGACUCCCAUCAAAUUUCAAAACAGUAGCACAUUAAUUCUGCCUUCAUAUAGAACCAUGUUAGUAAUGUUCGUUUGUAGGAUGAAUUCAACAGAAAAACAGGUGAGUUUCUGUAAAUGAAACAGUCCCUUUUUGAUAGAAGUCUACAGUUAUAGAUCCCUUUGGGUUACUGUUAUUUCCAAAAGUCUUAAUUCUGGCAGGAACGUUAGUAGAUAGUAGAUAACAUGUAUUGAUAGCAGAGUCUUUGUUGUUGUUGUACUUCAGCAGAACAAUCUAAGUAAUCAUUUACAAUAUUGUACUUUUACAAAAAUCAAUGAUUGCAGAGCUUUCUUAAAAAUCUGAAGAAAAAUCCAGUAUUUUGCUUAAAAAUGAGUUGGUUCAGGAGAGCAGGUAAUGAGGGGUGUGAUUGCUGAAUGAUGUCACUGAGGGUGGUCAUGGAAAAGCUCAGGUAAGCCCACCGUGUCUGUCCUCAAUCCUGAAACCCUCAGAGAAGACCAGCUAUGGAACCUGCCAAGCCUCAUCCACAGUUCUCUGACAUGUACUCUGAAGUCAUCGUCAGCUCGAGCGCAGAUGUUCAGGGUCCUCCAAAGAAGGAGUCUUCGGGCCCCGAGAGCAGUGCGGAUGUGGCGGGUCGAGUUAGACUCCACCCGUCUCCAUCUCGCAGAAGACAUCGAACCACCUUCAGCCACGAACAGCUGGAGCAGCUGGAGUUAGCCUUCAGACACAACCAUUACCCUGACAUCUACUGCCGUGAGGAGCUGGCUCAACAAACUAAACUCAAUGAGGCCCGUAUCCAGGUUUGGUUCCAGAACCGUCGUGCCAAGCAGCGGAAACAGGAGCGAGCCACUCAGAAAUCCCUGCAAGGAGGUUUGAUGCCAGGACGUGGGGUUCUCCCAAACUGUGCACGUGGUGGCAUGGCAAGACAAUACCAGUGCUCUCACUCUCUACCACAUAUACCCAAAUUUUCCUCAGUGCUGCCCUCUGCUGAUUUCUCCCCUCACACACCAGCCGGCACUCAGAUGACCUGCCCUUCAGCUCCCACUGCGUCCCAGCCUGCCAGGCAGCAUGACGACUGGUACUGCCAGCUGAGGCACAUUGGCGCGCCGGCCGCCAGCCUGCCCCACGCCUCAGUCUUUUCCCUGACCUCUGUGCCAGCGCUGGAGCCAGCCGUCCACUGGAACUAAAGUAGGCUGAAAAAGUGAAAUCUAAAACCUUUCACUUUCUGAUUCUGAUUUGUCCUUUUGCUUUUUAGAUUCCACGGCCCACAUGCCUCGCCAAUACGGCAGGCUUUGUUUAAAGACCAAAUUGUUUAACAGUAAUGCUUGUGUGUGUGUGGUUUUGUGUGCUUGUAAUUCAUGUCUGUACAUUUCUCUCCUUGUUAUAUAUGAAUGGGGGAAAAAAUGAGAAGAAAUUUUUCU